GUUCCUUAUUUGUUGUGGUUGCAGUGGAAUAGUACUGUGAAUGCUGUGUUCUUUAUGUCAAAGUUAGAUUAUUAAAGUUACAGUGAUACAUAUUUUAACGUUUAAUGUUGUUUAAUUAUAAACUGAAUAACUAUGUAGUCUUUGGUUUCUCAGUAUUUUUCCAUUAAAAGAUUACUUUUCAGUUGCUUUAACACUGAUCUGAUUCAAUAACAUAUCUACUAGGCCUAGUUACGUUUAUGAUACUUAAAAAGGAAUUAAGACUAAAAAUUUCAUAUUUAUCUUCCAUGAAUUAAAUUGUUUUAAAUUAUUAGACACUGCAUUAAGUUAAUGAAUUCCUUGUAUUGAUACCACACUAGAAAUCAAUCAUGGGAGAGAGUGAUGAUGAUGAGGGUCCUUCCAGCAGUUUUCAGCUUACGAGUAUACUUUUUGGAAAUAUUGAUGAAUCAGGAGAGUUAGAAGAUGACAUUCUUGACUGUGUAUCAAAGAGACAUUUGGCGUCGUUAGCACGAUUGGGUUUAAGUUCAAUAAUUAAUGAACUUAUCGAAGAUGCUGAGCUUGAGGCUAGAUCUAGCAGUAAAAUUGAUAGUGUUGAUGCUGAUGAAAAUGGAUCUGGUCAAGGUAUUUGCAGUGACCAAUAUACAGAAGAUUAUGACAUAAAAUCACCUUCUGCAGUUGACUACUCUGAUAUUAAUGAACUAGCCGAUGAUAUUCAUUGCUCCGAAAAUUCUCGUAAGUUAUUAAAAAAUGAAGAAGAUACCACAGAUUAUGACGCAGAUGAUGAAGGUCCAAACAUGAAACAUGAUUUACAGCUUAUGCCACCUCCACCAUUACCAGAAUCAGAAAAGGAAAAUGAUGAUUUAACAGAAGAAGGAUUGAAUAAAAAAUUGGAAACCCCAUUAGCUGCAAUGCUUCCAUCUAAAUAUGCAAAUGUUGAUGUUAGAGAGCUUUUUCCAGACUUCCGUCAUGAUAAAGUAAGUAGUAUGUUUUUACGUUUUUCUCGACUAUUUGGGCCUGGAAAACCAAGUAGCAUGCCUCAAAUAUGGAGGAGUGUAAGAAAGAGAAGGAAAAAACGUAAGCAUCAGCAUAGUAAUCAACAGCAACAAUCUGAUUCUGGAUCUGAUCAAGAGACUUACCGCCAGAAGAAAGUAGGUUGGGUGUUACAGUAUGGUUCACCUCCUCCACCUGAGAAAUGUAAAUCAGAUGAUGAAGAAAAACUACUGAGACCUCAAGAGAGUCGAUCAUUGAACAAAAGUCUAGAUAAUGGUGAGAAUUCUGACAUGGGCCCGAAAGUGGCGGAUUGGAGGUUUGGACCUGCCCAAGUGUGGUAUGACAUGCUUGACGUACCAGAAACUGGAGAAGGUUUCAAUUAUGGUUUCAAACUUAAAGAGAAGACUGGAGAAGAUGAACAAGAGUCCAGAGAUAGUUUCCCUGAUGAUGCCUACUUGAUGGUGUCUCAGCUGCGGUGGGAAGAUGAUGUUGUGUGGAAUGGUGAUGACAUCAAACACAAGGUGAUGCAGAAACUGAAUUCCAAGACAAACGCAGCCGGUUGGUUGCCAAGCAGUGGUAACCGAACGGCCCAAGCUUUCAGUCAGCCUGGCAAGGGAGUGCCUCAGCUCCCUGGCAAUGUGCGGCUGGCUACGUCCUCAAUGAACCUCAAUACUCCAGGCGCCAAUAAGCAAAACAAACAACACAUGAUGGGAGGCAAGGGACAAUCAAGGCCAGGGGAAGACAACAGUGAUGACACAUGGUACUCGAUAUUUCCUGUGGAAAACGAAGAACUAGUCUACGGAACCUGGGAGGACGAAAUCAUUUGGGAUGCUGAGAAUAUGACAAGUAUACCAAAACCUAAGAUCCUUACUCUAGACCCGAAUGAUGAAAAUAUCGUCCUUGGAAUCCCGAAUGACAUUGACCCUGCCAAACAGAGAAUAGAGUCAACGACCCCAGUUAAAGUGAAAAUCCCCCACCCUCAUGUGAAGAAAUCCAAGAUACUUCUUGGGAAGGCUGGAGUGAUUAAUGUUCUAGAGGAGGAUACCCCACCUCCUCCACCCAAGUCUCCUGACAGAGAUCCAUUUAAUGUAUCUAAUGACAGCUACUAUCAGCCCCGGUCAUCUGAGACAGUUCUACGGCUGAAGGUGGGUGGAGGAAACCUGAUCCAGCACUCAACGCCUGUGGUAGAGCUAAGAGUUCCGUUUGUACAGACUCACAUGGGAGAGAUGCGUUUGCGCAAUUUCCAUCGCCCACCGAUGAAACGAUAUUCGCACGGUACACUCGCCAAUCCUGGCCCUCAUACCGUUCUACCUCUCCUCAAACACAUCAAGAAGAAAGCCAAGCAACGAGAACAAGAACGGAUGGCGUCUGGUGGAGGAGAUGUGUUCUUCAUGAGAACACCUGAAGAUCUCACAGGGAAAGAUGGAGACAUUGUUCUUGUGGAGUUCGGUGAAGAACAUCCUCCACUUAUUAACCAGGUUGGAAUGUGCACCAAGUUCAAGAACUAUUACAAGCGCAAGGCCGGGAAAGACUCAGGUCCCCAGGAGUACAAGUAUGGGGAGAUUGCCUAUGCUCACACAUCGCCUUUCCUCGGAGUGCUGCCACCUGGCAAGUCGAUACAAGUAGUGGAGAACAACCUCUACCGUGCGCCCAUCUAUGAACACAAAAUACCUCAUACCGACUUCUUGGUCAUCCGUACACGGAAAACUAAGUGA